UAUUGAUCUCAACGAGAAACAUUUGUCAAUUUUUCGGUGUGAUUUUGGUUUCAAGAAUCGAUGGGGAAAACAUCGCGGCUGCCUCCUGGCUUUCGAUUUCAUCCAACUGAUGUUGAGCUAGUUAUGUACUAUCUUAAGAAGAAAGUAAUGAGGAAAAGAUUCUGUUCUGAACCCAUUACAGAGAUUGAUAUAUACAAGUUUGCCCCGUGGGAUCUUCCGGAAAGGUCAAGUUCGAGAAGUGGUGAUCUGAAAUGGUACUUCUUUUGUCCGGUGGAGAGAAAAUACUUAAAUGGGGCCAGAAUGAAUCGUGCUACUGAAUUUGGGUACUGGAAAACCACUGGAAAGGACCGGCCUGUUCAUUACAGUGAAGAGUUGGUGGGUUUAAUAAAAACUUUGAUUUUUCAUCUAGGAAAGGCACCGAGAGGGCAACGAACGAAUUGGGUUAUGCACGAGUACAGACUGGAAGAGAAAUAUCUGGCUAAUAAUGGGGUUCAGAACACACACGUGCUUUGUAUGAUUUUUCAGAAGGAUGGCCCAGGCCCAAGAAACGGUGCCCAAUAUGGAGCACCAUUUAAGGAGCAAGAUUGGAAUGAUGAUGAGGAAAACUGUGUAGAAGCUGGCCCUUCUGUUUGUUUGUCUACCCAAACACGUGUGCUGCCUGGGAACUGUAGCAGUUCAGUUCUGGCUGUCAACUCUGCUUUGUGUGGCAUGGUUUCUGAGUCAUGUUUAUCUGAAACCAUGCAAUCUGACACUGAGAGGCUUCCAGCCGCCUGCACUAAUGACAUUGUUUCAAAGGAGUUACCGCAAGCUUUGGGUGAUGGGGAUAUGCUCCCAGCUGUGCUUGCUAAUGAUGAUGAUAAUAUUCUUUCAGUAUUUGCUUCCUUUAUGGAAGAUGCCACUUUGAUCUCAAAUGAAGAUAACAAAAAUGAAGAUGAUUGUUAUGAUGAUGAGGAAAACUGUGUAGAAGCUGGUCCUUCCGUUCGUUUGUCUACCCCAACAUGUGUGCUGCCUGGUAACUGUAGCAGUUCAGUCAUGGCUGUCAACUCUGCUUUGGUUGGCACGGUUUUUGAGUCAUGUUUAUCUGAAACUAUGCGAUCUGACUGUGAGAGGCUUCCAGCCACCUGCACUAAUGACAUUGUUUCGAAGGAGUUACCCCAAGCAUUUGGUGAUGGGGAUAUUCUUCCAUCUGUGCUUGUUAAUGAUGAUGAUAAUGUUCUUUCAGUAUUUGCUUCCUUUAUGGAAGAUGCCACUGUGAUCUCAAAUGAAGAUGACAAAAAUAAGAAUCUCAGUCAUGGAGUGAACCAUGAAGCUACACAUAAUUUUGAUAUUUACAAAGACUUGGAAGAUCUGGGAAACACAGCUAGCCUGAGUAAAAAUGAAUACAAUUUCUAUAAUGGUCAGCAAGCCAUUUUCCCUCCGGACCUUCGAAUAGGUAUAACUGAUCUCGAUCCGCCGCUGGAUGCUUUUCCCGGACUCCCACAAUAACAUUCUUUCGCUAAAAUUACUGUACAGAAGUGGGCGGUUGUAUUGAUCCAAUUUUCUUAUACUGUGAAAUUUGUUAAGGUGCAACUUGUUAUGUACCGUGAUUGUAUCCCUUCAUUUGGGUUGCUGACUUGCUGCAACCUAAGCAAACGCUGCCAGCUUGUAUGGCCUUAGAUUAUGCUUUGUAAAAUGAAGUUUUGCUCAUCUUUUCUAAUCUGACUUGCGAAGUC